AUGGAGAUUGCAAAGUCUUCGGUUAGGGGAACACAUGAGCACGGGUAUGGAAUGCUUGAUGCAUACCGUUAUAUGCUUGAGUCCGCAAAUCCAAGAAGUAAGAUGGCAUUGGAGGUUGAUGAAAAUGGAAAGUUCAAGUAUUUUUUUGUAGCCUAUGCGGCUUGGAUUCAAGGUUUUCAACAACUGAGAAAAGUCAUAGCCAUUGACGGGACAUUUUUGAAGAGCAAGUAUAAAGGAGUUUUACUAUCGGCAGUGGCGCAAGAUGAAGAGAAUCAUAUUUUUUCGGUGGCUUUUUGUGUAGUGGAUAAAGAAUGUGAUGCCUCAUAUCAAUAUUUUUUUGAACAAAUGAGAAGUUAUGUAGAUUAUACCGAUGAGCUGUGCAUAAUUUCUGAUAGACAAUCAAGUAUCCGAAAGAUGGUUUCAAUUGUGUAUCCAUCAGCUCAUUAUGGUUGUUGCAUGAGGCACCUUGGAGAAAAUAUUCUAAACAAUCUUCACAAUGAAAAAGUCGUAUCUCAUUUAUAUAAUACAGCGAAAGCGUACAAUAAAGUUGAGUUCUAUGACCAUUUCAAUCAGAUAAGGGAUAUGGUACCCAAGACAACCGAACAUCUAGAAUCAGUUGGAUUUCAUGGAUGGAGCAGGGCAUUUUUCCAGGGAAAUUGGUAUAAUAUUAUGACCUCAAACAUUGCUGAAUCCGUGAAUGCAAUGUUUGAAGUUGAAAGAGAAUUUCCUAUUGUCGCUUUAUUUGAUGAAAUAAAUAUGAGAUUUGCAAAAUUAUUUCACGAGAGGCAUAUGGAGUUGGUCAACUCACCAAACAUACUUGUUCCUUCAAUGGAAAAACAAAUAUCAAAGAAUAUCAAUUUGGGAAACAAGUUAUUGGCCCAUCAAAUAGCCAAUUACAAGUUUAGUAUCAGCGGUCAUGGUGAGGUUGCCACGGUCGAUCUUCAAACAAGAACGUGCACAUGUAGAUUUUUUUACUUGGACAAAAUACCUUGUCCAUAUGCUAUGGCAGCGCUUCAAUCCCAAUAUGGUGCACAUUUUGGAAGUCAAAUCUAUAAGUACUUGUCUUCAUAUUAUUCGGUGGAAAAAUACAUAAUUACAUAUUGUGAGGAAAUUAAUCCGGUGCCUCCUAGGGCUGGCAAGGAGAUGGGGACGGGGAUUGGGGGACAAGACGAGAUGGGAUAG